AUGUCCACUGGAGGCAGGUUUGACUUUGAUGACGGGGGGUCGUACUGCGGGGGGUGGGAGCAGGGUAAGGCCCAUGGCCGAGGGGUCUGCACGGGGCCCCAGGGUCAGGGCGAGUACGCCGGCGCCUGGAGCCACGGCUUCGAGGUCCUGGGCGUGUACACGUGGCCCAGCGGGAACAGCUACCAGGGCACCUGGGCGCAGGGAAAGCGGCAUGGCAUCGGCGUGGAGAGCAAGGGCCGCUGGGAGUACAGAGGGGAGUGGACGCAGGGGUUCAAAGGUCGCUACGGGCAGCUGGAGAGCACGGCCAGCGGGGCUCGGUACGAGGGGACGUGGAGCAACGGGCUGCAGGAUGGAUAUGGCACUGAAACCUACUCUGACGGAG